GGCUCUCUAUCAAGACGGCUCGUACCUUGAACCAGUGCCCCGAGAGCACCCUUUGUGGGACAACAACGAUGGGAACAGAUGCGCGAACACAACGAGGGCUAGGUUUAUAAACAUGGCGCUCAGCCCAUUCGCUCUACGAGCUGUUUCCCACGUCUCUUCCUGUCCUGUUUGGUCUCUCUCGGAUUGACGGCGCACAUUACUGUUAUCCAAGUACUCACCAGUCUCAGUGAGACUGCUCAAAGGUCGAACAACAUGGUGAACACAUUUCGGUCCAUCGCUGGCUUGGCGGCUCUCUCAAGCUUUGCCAGCGCCAAGCUCUACGAACUCCCUCAAGCCACCACUUCGUUCAACUUUCCCCUCGACCAAUUCAGCCCUCAGCCGACCAAAGCCCCGGCGUACGCUGACUUGAGAAAAAGGCAAUCAUCGACGACGACCACCGUGCUCGUUGCGCCAGACAACACUUGCGGUUACAUCUCUGGGCGUGCUGGUGCGGCGUACACCUGCGGAACCGCCGCCAGCUGCAUUUUCUUCACAUCGGUGAACGGAAACACCCCCGGGCGAGUUGCCUGUUGCGACGCCAGCGACUGUGGCGCCCGCCGGACAUGCUACGAUUCUAAACAGGUCUCAUCGUCGAGUCUCUGCGAUGGUGGCUGCCUUGUUGAUCGCUUCACCUUGAAGUGCACCAACACGGCCCGGCCAUACUGCAAUACCAUUUCGUUUGCGGAUGGCAUCUUUGACUAUUGGUGCAACACGGCAGAGAUAUCAACCCCGCAAGCCGCGACGACCACCUAUGAGGGCGGGCCGGCGCGCAACUGGACGCCAUUGGCGCUGACAGACGACACCUCGUCCAGCAGCGUCAUCCGGCCAGCCAGCUCCGGAGUUAUCACAGGAACCGCUAGCGGCUCGGUGUCCGCGCCCUCGAUAACCACGUCUCCCGACAAUGACAACAACGGCGGCAUCAACAAUAACAACAAUAACAACAAAUCUUCGACCCCCGUAGGUGCCAUCGUCGGAGGCGUCGUCGGCGGCAUCGCCGUCAUCGCCCUCAUCGCCUUUGGAAUCUUCUUCAUUCUCCGCAAGAAGAAGAAGACGCAGCAACCCGGACCCGGACCUCACGGCCAGCCUCCCAUGAUGACCCAGCAGCAGCAGCCACCUCCAAUGGGCUACGCCCCAGCACCUCAGGGCUCGCCGGCACAGUACGCCGGCCAAACGCAGACGCAUUCCUACUACGAGACAAAGUACGACGGCCAGGGCGGAUACCCGCAGCAGAACUACGGCGGCACGCCCCCUCCUCCUCCCGGUCAACAGGGAGGCGGCUACCAGCAACCCUACUACAACGGCAACAUGGCGGUACCCGACCGCGCGGACACGACGAGUCCCAGUGCCAUGUCCCAGGCGACACACAGCAACCGCCUCAGCACGCAACCCGUCAGCCCGAAUCAUCCGCAAGGCGGGUUCCAGCAGUUUGGCGGUGGUGGUGGGCAGCCGCAGCCGACGAUUCACGAGGCGCCUGCGAAUGGUGAUGGGCACAAGGGGCAGAUGCAUGAGCUUGCUUAGUUGCAGCUACAAUGCUUCUGUCAAUCUUGAUCGUUGAUGUUACGACAUGAGACUUUUGUGGAUUCUGUGUAUACUUUUGUGUUUUACUAGGGAAUGUUUCCUCUUGGAAGCGGUAAGGUGGUUCACUACACAGAGAGUGAAGAAACUAUGGGGUUGCCUGACCUAGGCUAAUUUGGUGUAUUGGUGUUGUAUUAGACUUGGACUUAAUGAUUUAUAUUCUAACGAAGGUUGAUGUUUUAUAAGGAGAUACAUGUACGAACUUGUGGGUUUCUUACAGGGAGAUAUGAGCCUCUUGGAAGGUUGAAUCUUCCUCUGUCUUCCAUCGUUUGCGAGCAUGAUUCUGAGAGGUAUUGAAAAGAAUCGAUUCAUCCACCCUCAUGUAGCUGAAGUGACGUUCCACCAUGGCUCACAAAGUUCCAGAAGGUG